AUGGUUACAGAGUCUUUGAAAGGUCAUAAACCAAAAUGGUUCAAAGCUAUUGAAAACUAUUUUGAAAUAGACCAGAGCAGAAAUAUAAGAAAAAUCAAAGCUCAGAUUCAAGAACCAAAUGCAAUGGCAAUAAAAGCUUAUAUGAAGAAAGUAUCAACUGAUAAAUAA